AUGCAUAACCUUCAAGCCGUUGCCUCUUCGUCGCUAUCCCUGCCGGCGGAUAGCUACAUUUACGGUCUCACCGCAGCAGGCCCAGGCACCUUUGCUGCCAUCUCCUCGGAUGAUUCGCUGCGUGUGUUUGACGCCGCCGAUCUCAACCGCGGGGCUGUCGUCUCAUCGCAUACCCACGAUGGUGUGACGUCGCUGCGGAGCUAUGUGGGCGAGUCGCAGCUACUGGUGACAGGCGGCCGAGAUGGUAAGGUCAGGAUUUGGGAUGUCCGGGCUGGUGGGCCAGUCGUGGAGAUGGAGACGACGAAACAAUCACCUGUGCUGUCUGUAGCCUGCAAUCCCGAGACCAAUACCGUUGUUGCGGGGACCGAGCUUGUCUCUUCACAGGCUGUUGUUGAAUUCUGGGACAUCCGAUCUCCCAAGGAGUUCAGCUUGCAAUACGUGGAAAGUCACAACGAUGAUAUCACCGAGCUCCAAUACCACCCGACACGCAGCAAUAUCUUACUCUCCGGCAGCACAGACGGCCUAGUAAACAUCUACAACACAAAUAUAACCGACGAAGACGAAGCCCUCGUGCAAGUAAUCAACCACGGCUCCGUACAUCAUGCAGGCUUCCUCUCGGAACGCGAGAUCUUCGCCCUGAGCCACGACGAGCUCUUCUCCGUGCACCCGGCCACAGACCCAGACGAUGACGCGCAGAUGCCCGACCCCGUACAGUUCGGUGACAUUCGCGAGAAGCUAGCUUGUGAGUAUGUCGCGCAGCUAUGCAUCGGUGGUCAGGGGGCGUUUAUUGCUGCUGGUAACAAGAUGGACCACCGCCUCGAUCUCGUCCCACUCGUUUCCGGUCCCGAGUGGAAAUUCGACCAGGAGAAUCUGUGGCGUCUACCCGGUGCUCAUGGCGAGGAAGUUGUGCGCUCGGUGUGUUUGGAUGAACAGAGUCAAUCCGUCUUCACAUGUGGCGAAGAUGGGUUCGUGCGAGCAUGGAAGCUCGGCGAAGAAGGUGCUUCAGUCCAGGCUGGGUCUGCGAGGUCCCGGCCAAAGAAGGAGAAGAAGGAUCGCUUUAAGCCGUACUAG